AUUCAGCAAGAUUAUCCGUAGCCCAGCCCAAGCUUCUACUAAAACCACUUAUCGAUUCCCAUCGCAUCAAGAUGAUUUCGAACGAUUCCUCCUGCUCCUGCUGGUCCAGGAUUCCAAUUUCCCAUACGAGGCUUCUGAGCAUGGCAUGAAGGAAAAUGGAGGAGGGGGUUCCCAAGACACUUGCUCUUUGCGUCUAAGCCUAAGGUUCCUUCCGCUAAUAGCACCCUAGUUUAGAUUUUAAGGCUGGCAUUUGCUAUGUCGUUUCGUUUUACUCGCCUAUCCUCUCACUGGCAAGUUCAGUUCAGUUCAGUGAUGAUACUCCGAUUGCCGCUACUUCUUCCACAACCCCUAUCUCCUCGCUACUCUUCCUCCUCCACCACCUGCUUAAGCCCCACUUCCACUUCCAAACCCCUCAUUUCCCAGAAUGUCCUCAACUCCCACCACAGCCCCACCAUCAUCACAGCAGGUGACUCUGGAUUAAAAUUCCGGGACAAAAUCCUCUACCUACAAUCCCUCAAAAUCAACCCCACAAAAGCCCUCCAGAAAAACCCAGAUCUUCGUUCUGCCCUUCUCUCCUCUUUACAAUCCAUCGAGCAUUGCCUUUCUUCCAUGGGUAUAGAACGCUCUGCCCUCGGCCGCAUUCUUGACAUGUUCCCCCAGCUCCUCACAGCUGACCCCAGCAAUCAAAUUUACCCCGUCUUUGAGUUCUUGUUGAACAAUGUAGAAAUCCCUUUUUCUGAUAUCCGCAAGUGUAUAAUCAGAUGCCCCAGAUUGUUAGUUAGUGGUGUUGAGAAUCAGUUAAAACCCGCUUUUGAAUUCCUGAUGAAAUUGGGUUUUGUUGGUGCCAAUAGGAUCACUUGCCGAACCACUGUUUUAUUGGUAUCCAAUGUAGAUCAUACCUUAACCCCCAAAAUUGAUUUCUUGAUGGGUUUGGGAUUUGAGUAUAAUGAGGUGGCCAAGAUGGUCAUCAGGUCACCUGUGCUGUUGACAUUUAGCAUAGAGAAUAAUUUUAGGCCGAAAUUGGAAUAUUUCUUGGAGGAAAUGAACGGGGAUUUGGAGGAGCUGAAGAGAUUCCCGCAGUAUUUUUCGUUUAAUUUGGAGGGGAAGAUAAAGAAAAGACACCGGAUGUUGAUGCAACACCGAUUGUCAAUGCCGUUAUCGAGGAUGUUGAAGGUUAGUGAUGGGGAGUUCAAUGCGAGGCUGAUUGACAUGAGGUUGCAGUUAGUAGAGGAAAGGCAGUUGUAGUAAUUGCUCUAGCUUUUCAAUUCUCUGUAGAUGUAAAUUUUUAUGAACAUAGCACAAUGUCAAGUAUAUUUUUGUUCAUUUUUGUUAAAAAUGUAAACUUUAGUCUUCUGUAUGUUCAUUUGCAUGAAAAAGAUAAGGCCUUUCUUUACUGUAAGACGAGUUUACAGUUAUUUCAAAUGCUUGAUUUAACGAUUUGAUCCUUUUGAACCGUGCUUAUUGUGUAAUUUUAUUGGUGUUUGGAUAUUAUUUUGAGAGAAUAGAGUGACUAAAACGAUUUUGAUUACUUAAAAUAGAGAUUCUGAGUACUAUCGAUGUCCAUAUGAUACAGCUCGGAUAUAUUCAGCCAUGGUUUAGAGAGAGAGAGAGACAGUGAGAGAGGAGUGUGAGAUGGAGAUACUCAAUUUUGUUCAUGUUAACUAUCCAGAUAUGACAUCAAUCAUUUCAAUUCAAGUUAGUCAAGUUUUCAAAUCUUACUUGAAUCCUCAUUUGUUCAAUCCUAGAAAACAAGCAUAAUAAAACAUCAAAAUUGUUUGUCUUGGUAAAUCAGUGGCAUAUUGGAGAAAUGUGACUUUCUGUACUAUUGGAUCAUCAAUUCUAACACCAAUUUCUUUUUACCUUGCCUUAAUGGUGGUAAUCAGUGGCUUGGAGACCUUUUUUUUUUUGGUGCAAUGAGUGUAGCUUGGCAGCCAUAAAUUCAGAAGAAUCCUGUUUUAUUAUAAGAGCGGAGCUUUAGUGAUGGUAUUACCGGCUCCUUAAUGGUGCUAAGCAUGUAACCAGUCUUCAGUGUUUACAGAGAACAUGAUAGAACAGAGCAAUACUUGUGACAGUUAUUUCUGCACAUUGAUGAAAACGGAAAAAAUGAUUAUACUAGUUUGAUUGAGGACUGUUCGUUGUGGGCCAAAAUGAAUGAAAGAUAACUCUCUUUAUAUACAAAAAUUUGCCUGCUUCUUGGACAUUUUGCCAUACCAGGGUGUGCAUUCGCUUCCAUCUUCUUUAAUUUUGGUGACAUUUGAUGCAAGGAAACAUGGAUUCUCAUUGAGAGAGAGGAAUUAGGACUAAAGAUGUAUUCCAAAUACGUCACUUAGUGUUGUGGGCAUCUGCGGUGGUUGAAAGUGAUUACCUAGCAAUGACUAUAUAAUGAACGAAAACAUAAGAUACUGACUACAUCUUUUGAAGGCUCUAUAUUUAGUUCAAGUAAGCUUUUCACUUAGGUUUACCUCCCAGAAUUUGGAAAUUGAAAUUAUUGUGUCAGAAAUUUCAUGUUUCAUUUGCAUGCCCUCGGUGACACUCUGCAUAAGACUGACUAAUGAAAUUACUGUUUCAAACUUCACUUCUUAUUUCAUUGUUGUUUUGAUUUCUUCAUAUUUGUGGCCAUACAUCUAAAAACACAUCACGGUUAAGACUGGUAGGUAUGCAUCAGAUGUUCUAAUGGUUGAGAUUGGAUCUUUGUUCUGAUGUACGGCAAUCUGAUCCUUUGCAAAUACCCAUUGAUCUUAUUUUACUGAUCACACAAAGUCUGUAUUUCAGGAAACGGAUACAAGAUCAUCGAAUAGGUGACAGACCUUCUAAUGAACUUGAUGAUUGCUACAUAAUGAAUACCUUAGUUGUGGACGCCUUUCCUCAUUGUCACUGGCGAAAGUAUUCCGCUUGUGAUAGAACCUAUUUUUCUUUACAUUCCCUGCUUGUCAUGCAGCUGCUGAUUUGUAUAGAAACUGCAAAGCUAUCUGAAGCUUAGCUGUAACUGCAUUUCACCAUGUCAUUAAGCCCAAGGUUGAUUUUCUUUUCUCAUCGGGUAACUUUUACAGCUAGUCCUCUACCAAGCAACUGGUCUGGAAGAGUUUGACAAUUUCAAUUCCCUACCUUAA